AUGAAGAGUAUUCUAAAGGAGAAGAAUAUGAAGCACCAAUUCGCUCGGGUGAAUAUUGAGACCGCUGCCCAAAGCCACUCCGUCGGGGCCGUGCGCUGGACACUCCAAGAGGAAGACUUGCAGGGCCACAGCUCUGCCCCCAGCCAGAUUGGCAGCUCCACAACCAAAUCAAAAGACCUGAAAGACAUGCGCACCCUGCAGGAGUGUGUCAGGUUCAUCCACCAGUGGAAGGAAGAGGUGGACCGGGUCUGCAAGCACGGCAGUGAUGCAAGGGCGGGCAGCAAGAAGGCACAGAAAUCUGACCCCCGGACAGAGCGCAGUAAGGAGGAGUGCCACAGACUUAUCCUGCAGUGGGCGGAGGAGCUCAACAGUGUGGACGUGCUGUUCAAUCAGAGCCCGUGGAGACAUGAGAAAGAUGCAGAGGAGGAACAGGAGAACAAAGACAAAGACACGGACCCCAAUGAGCUGGUGAAGCAGAGGAACAUGGAGUGGGCCAAAGAGCUACAGAGCAUGUCAGAGAAUUGUGGCGUGCCACGGGAGGACCUCACUCAGAUGCUGCGUCAGCUGGAGGUGAGGAAGAGGGGGCUGGUGAGCCUUCUUCCCUUCUUGGAGUUCAUCACCUGGUCUCUGCUGAAGGAGGGCAGUAAGGGUGUUGUCCCCCAGCUGUGGCUGUUAGCUAAACAGCGCAGCUGGAAAGUAGGAAUGCAAAAAUACAUACCAAAUUCAGUCUGGAGCUGGAUCUGCAGUGCAUCAGCUGACGUAACUUUAGACCCCAUGACAAACCACCCCUGGCUGCUGCUGUCUGACGACCGUAAAAAGGUGCAGGAAUCUCUGUCCGAAAUGGAGGUGACCCAGAGCAAGCAGCGCUUCGACGGCUGGCCGUGCGUGCUGGGCUGGGAGGGCUUCUCCAGCGGCCGACACUACUGGGAGGUGAACUUGGCCAACAACGGCUACUGGAGGCUGGGGGUGACCACCGCUUCCUCCAGGAGACACGGCCGCUUCCCCAUGACACCCAGCGAGGGCUAUUGGACCUUGUGGCGCAGCACCCGGCAGUUCUAUGCCUGCACCAAGCCUGAAACACAACUCCCAGUGCACCAGGUUCCGCGGAAGGUAGGCGUCUACCUGGAUUAUGAGGAGGGCCAGAUCUCCUUCUAUAAUGUGGAAACCAAGACUCACAUCUACACCUACUCCGACACCUUCCGUGACAAGCUCUACCCUCUCUUCGCUCCGCUUGAUGGACGCACUCUCAUCACGGUCUCUUCUCCGAACUCUGACCCAGAAUUCUAA